AUGUCUGAUUAUCAGUUGAGUAAUGAGGAUCAUGAAGCUUUGGAGAAAUUUACGAAGUUUUUUCUCGUCAAAGCUGCGCAGAUCAUCGUUCAAUCGCGAUUAGGUGAAAAGAAGAUAACCAAAUCGAAAUCUGUCUGUUCCGGAAAUGAAUGGUUCCAUCUUUCAAUCAAAGACAUUCCAGAAGUGACUGUCAAUGCCAAGAAAUGCCUUGUCGAUAUUCAGCAUCUACUCAUCCAACCACCACAUAGUCCGUUUUGUGUCGAAAUAUCUUUACGCACGCCCGACUGUGCAACAAUUAGUUUAGAAACGUGGUGUAUAUCAUUCGAUGAUUCCGUUUCGGAUCCCGCACAACGCGUUCGCUUCAAUAUUUACAAUCGUAUGAGUAUAGUUCUCCGAUCGUUAUUAACAUGUACACGUGCAACUCCAACUUAUCAACUAUCACGUAAACAAUCGGCUGAUAAAUACAUUAUUUGCUAUAAAAUGUAUAGUGGAGAGCCGAUUGUCAGUCAUCUUGGUGAACACUACUCGAAGAAAACGAUCGGAAGCAUUCUCACUCCGAUUGGACGUUUUGUACUAAAUGUCGCAUACAGAACACAUUUAACGAUGGCAUUGAAACAAAUUGAAAAUCGACCAGAAACAAAUUUGAAUCCAUUGAGCAUCGAUAUUAAAGAUAAUCAUUUUGCAUUGGAUCGAGAUCAGCAUAGUGUUGACGAGGAAGUCGAUAUACCACUACCAUCAACGCAUAAUUCAAGCGUACCAAAGAGUUCACCGAUUGAGAUGAUGAAACGACGGCAUACUAGCUGUGAUUCGGUGUCUUCCAGUCAUGGAACUCCAGAUAAAGUCUACUACAGUAAACUUCGCACUGCCUUUGCAACACCAGGUUCAAUAGCACAUACGCCCUCACAUGUGGGUUCUUAUUCGCGUGCAAAUGAGAAUGAUUUGCCAUAUGUUCUUAUGCAACAGCAGGUUCCACAUCAUCAAUCGAUGGAACAUAUCCAUCAGUCAAAAGCGAAUUAUUCACCUAAUGCUGAUUUAGACAAUGAAACAGCGCCAGAUGAUUUUAUUCUUGUCGAAGUAAAACCCUUCUUUGGUAAAAGUGAUUCGACCGAUGAUCUUGCUCUAUUUAUUCGUUCUUGUCAACAACCACCGAUACUUGAAUCAUUUGUCGUCGAACCAUCACUUGGUGAAACAAUCAAUCAAUUAAAUGAUGAAUUACGUGUAUUCGAAUCGAAAGUUGAAGAGUUCGAUGAACUCGUCGGCUCGCUGACAGCGGUAGAAUAA